GUGGUGGGUGUGGACUGUGGACUGUGGAGAGCGACCUUCGCCCAUUGACUCAACUUUGCAUCUCAAAAAAUCCUAGUAAAACUUUUCAUCACUCCUGAAAAUGCUCUCUCUGUCGAAAUAAAUCAAAAAUAGGGCCUUUUGCGCGCGGAAUCUGAAAGACUUCCUUCUUAGUUCUGAGAAGUUAAGGAUGGUGUGGCAAAUUUUGCAAACGUUGUACCAGCCUGUUAAAGACGGGGUUUCAUACAUGAAGGGCAAGGCAAAAUAUGUUAAAAAAUUAGAAGACAAUUUAACAAAGAUCGUUGCAGAGUUGGCUAACUUUUAUUCUAGGAAGCGCCAAAUUGAUCAAACACUUGAAGAAAGUGUGUCUAAAGAAAGAAGUGAUCUAUACAAUGUUAGGAUCACGCAGUUUGAAGUCUUGGAGAAAAGAUCUUUCAAGUACAUCAAUAACUACCGACGACUCUGCCACAAUGAUCUCCCGAAUUUUGAGGCUCACGACGUCUCAAGUGCAACAGACGUGAUCAAGGCUCUGCAGGAGAGAAAGCCAAUCAUCUUGACGCGCAAGUUCUUCAAGCUUGCAAAGCUCAGUAGAAAGAUAAGUGAGCUGCUUGCUGACAUCUCAGAGGUCACUGAGAAAAUGAAGCAAGAGGAUGUGUUGCGCGACAAGAAGAUUGAGUCGGUUCAAGUGAAGCACGACGAUAUUGAUCUUCCUUCGUCCACUGGAUAUGUUGAAAGAAUCUUGAGGUAUCUCAGUGAAGACGGCAUCAGAUCAAUGGGUAUCUUGGGGGCCAUUGGAGUAGGAAAAACAACUAUCCUCAAAACGUUGAAUAAUCAACUCAAAAAUUCAUCAAUGAAGAUGAAGUUUGAGUAUGUCAUUUGGAUAGAUUGUGAUAAACAACGGGAUGCAAAAGACCUGAUUCAAGAUGAGAUCAUGGGGAGACUGAAGCUAGAGAAAGCAAAAAGUGCAGAGCAAAAUGCAGAAAUGAUUUCGAAGUUCCUUUGGGAUAAGAAAUACAUUCUGUUGAUCGAUCAAGUCUCAUCAACCAUCAAUUUAGACGAAGUGGGGAUUCUUAAAGGCCACAAACAUGGCAAAGUUGUGGUCGCAUCAAGUAACAGGAAAGUUAUCGCACCGAUGAUUGAUGAGCAUGUUGAAAUCCAGCCGCUGUCGGAGAAUGAGGCGUUCGGCCUCUUCAAACAAAUUUGUGGUACAAUCGAUGACACGCGCAUUGAAUUCUUUGCUAAGUGCAUAGUAAGGUCGUGUGGAGGGCUGCCAUUGGUGAUCAAGUUGGUAGCUUAUCAUUUAAAAGGGCAGAGAAAUGAAGAGGAGUGGAGUGAUGUGAAGAGCCUUUUGCAAUCCGAAACUAAAGCCAAAUUGCAGAAUUUGCAAGGCGUCGGACAUGCUUACAAGCUAGCAUAUGAUAAGUUAGACGACAGUUGCAAGAAGUGUCUGCUUUUUGUGGCCUUGUUCAAAAGUAACUACAAAAUAUACAAAGAUUAUCUUGUGGAAUGUUGGAAUGCUGAGCGCUUUCUCGAAGUCGAUCCACUACUUAGAAGUGCACGAGAUCGUGGAGCAACAACGUUGAGGGAGCUAACAGAUCGAUAUCUUGUGGAAAAUCACUCGGACAAGCAUGUUAAGAUGCCAGAAUUCUUCAGAAAAGUGGCUGCUCAGCAAGAAUGUGUAGGUGAAAACGAUGGCCCACGUGAGAGGAUGCAGUUGAUAGGUAGUAAGUCCAAUCUACCAAAUGAUCUAAAAUGUGACAACAUCUCAACAUUGUUGAUGCAACACAAUCGUGGCUUGGUGUCAUUUGAAGAUGAGUGCUUUCGCGAAAUGAAUAUGCUUCUCAUUUUGGACCUGCACAACACAAAGAUAGAAUCUCUUCCAAAUUCUAUCUCUUUCUUGGUUAAGCUAAGAUGUUUAUAUCUGAAUGGUUGUCCUCUACUUGAGGCGUUACCACCGGGAGUAAAAAUGUUGAAGGAGCUCGAACUCCUUGAUAUUCGGAGAACUUCAAUCCGUUCAUUGCCAGAUGGAAUGAGUGAAAUGGCUAAAUUGAGGUGUUUGCGAAUCUCAUUUAGCAAAACGGAGUGCAGACGCGAUGUGGCUUCUACAGAGGUGGCAAUGAGGAUUCCUCUUGAUAUGAUCAGUAGUCUUCAUCAGCUGGAAGAGCUGACCAUUGAGGCAGGCUGCUGUAGUCGAGGCUGGAAUGAUAUUGCUGAUCACAUAGUCAUCGAGCUUGCAAGUUUGGAAAAGCUGAGUACUCUUAAUUUUCACUUCCCAAAAGUGAGUAGUCUUGAAAAAUUCGCUGCUGAGAGCCGAUCACUGCUGAAUACAGAGACACACUGGGGUCCAAAUACUUUAAGGUCCUUCAAUAUUUCUGUUGGUUGUUGUGAGAUGAAACUUCCAUAUGGUUUAGAAAUCUCUCGAGUCUCACCAGAAAGACGGUUGAGAUUCUCCAAGAUUGAAGAAAUUUCCUCGGUGAAAGAAGUGCUAAGACAAGCCUCCUCAUUUGAAUUCGUUGGUCACUCUGCUGUAGAGAGCUUGAGUGAAUUCGACUUAAAAAAUGCUGGAACAUUGAAAGUUUGUGUGGUUGGACGUUGUGCAAAUAUGACGAAUCUUGUGGAUGGCCGUAAAAUCGAUGAGAUGCAGACGGAAAUCAUGGAAGAAACAGACUGUGCUGUACUUCAGUGUUUGGAGAAACUGCAUUUAUUUGAUCUUCAAAAACUGGACUCUAUUUGGAGAGGGCCUAUUUCCUCAGGAAGCCUUGCAAACUUGAAGGAUCUUACAUUGUUCGGUUGCACGGAAUUAACUACGGUUUUCAAUCAUGAACUAGUGAGAGCUCUUUCAAGCUUAGAAUAUAUAAAGGUUGAGAAUUGCUCCAAGGUUGUGGAGAUCAUCAAUGAAGAAAUCCGCAAUAUACCAGAGCAUGUUGAUCUAUCUUAUAUCAUAAACAAGGUGAAGACUGUCGAACUGGUAAACUUGCCAAUGCUGAGAAGCAUAUGCAAGACUGGCUCCAUGAACUGGAAGUCACUGAUGACAAUUGUCAUAGCAAGUUGCAACAUAUUGAGAGAUAUUCAUUUGAGUUUGAGAAACGCGGAGAAGUUGGAAACGGUUGGGUGUCAAGAGAGUUGGUGGAUUGCACUUCAGUUGCCAGAGGAAGAAAAACAACGUUUCCUUCCUCAUUGCAAGUUUCUUUUGGAACAAACAUCGGCCAAUGGAGUCUAUCACGAAGGAGAGUCGUCUUCACAUGGAAGAUCAACUGAUCUUGUGGCAUCAAAUGCCAGUGUUUCUAAUGGUGAAGUAGUGCCAAGAAAUGAGAAAAACAUAGAUUCGGUUAAUCAAGACCAUCAAGACUUGCCGGAAUCACCAUCAUCAUCAUCAUCAUCAUCACACGGCAUAGAGCCUGUUUCUCAUAAGCCAAAGAACACCAACACUCCACUAAACACAGACGCAUCGUCAUCCCUUCCGGUGGAUAGUUCGAUAUCCUCUCAUUAGUGACAUUUAUCUUGACAGAGAUUGUUGAUUGAUGGCAAGUAAAAGGCCCUUUCUGAUGCAGCAGAGAUGUUGUCAAUUUCAUUUAUCGGCUUCCCACAAUGAGCUUGAUGGAUUCCUAACUGCAACGACGCGGUUGGUUGCACAACAUCUCGUGUUAUGUUUCUAAGCACAGUAGAGGAUCCGCUCCCAUGUAGGCUCGGGCGUUUCCAGCACCUUUUUCCUUUAUUUUUAAUGGUUCUCUAUUUCCUCUCUGUGGUGACUCGAACCCCAAUCUAAUAAUUACAGGGGAAACGUCUUACCAAUUAAGUGGCGAUUCAUUGUCACCAUAACUGUCCAAGUCAUUUGCACUUUGUUUAGUGUUUUUCUCUGGGAUGCUUUUGGUUUUCCUGUUGUUUGGAGUUUCUAAUAGUAACACAAUUUUUUCUCUGUUCUAA